ACGAGACGACGAGCAGGAGGAGGAGGAGGAGCUCUAGGAAGACAGCUCUUGUUGCUAGCAGCAUUGUUUUCCGGAGCUCCUUGCGCCUUUGCCAGUUCUCCGGACCAGAUGUCGUCCGAGAUUCUUUCUACCAUCGUCGUCCCUGCCUACAAGGAGAAGCCGAACAUUCGGCCAUUGACACAGCGGCUAUUGGAUGCCCUUCGCUCUCAUGGGAUGGACAAGAGCACAGAAAUUCUCAUCGUCGAUGACAACUCUCAGGAUGGUAGCGAGGAGGCGGUGAACGAGCUUCAGAAGGAGGGCUUCCCGAUCAGAAUCUUUGUCCGCAAGACCGAGCGAGGGCUCUCGAGUGCGGUCCUUCGAGGCUUCCAGGAAGCCAAGGGGGAGAAACUGAUAUGUAUGGACGGAGAUCUUCAACACCCGCCAGAGAGGGUUCCCCAGCUCCUCAAGGCUCUCGACAAAGCUGACUUCGUGCUCGGGACUCGCUACGGGGACGGCUUUGCCGUUGAUCCCUCGUGGCCAUGGUACAGGGUUGUCAUUUCUAAGGGCGCGAGGCUUCUUGCUAGACCCCUUACUCCCCUGAGCGACCCGAUGAGUGGAUUCUUUGGAAUAACAAAAACAGCCUUGAAGCGUGGUGCUGGGAAGAUUAAUCCUGUCGGAUUCAAGAUCGCGCUCGAGCUCUACGUCAAGUGCGGGUCCAGCAGCCAUGAGGAGGUGAGCAUCUUCUUCGGCAAGCGGGAGGCAGGCACCUCGAAGCUCACGGGCAAGGUCAUGUUGUACUACUUGGUGCAUCUCUUCCAGUUGUACAGGUACCAGUACCCGAUGCUCAUCCCAGCUCUGCUGGUUCUCGUCCUCGCCUUCUUGUGGCUUCUUGUCUCCACGUUGUUGGGAUGGAAUUCAAACAAGGCGAAGUUGUCAUGAAUAAAACAAAACUGAUGAC